AUGCCUCCCAUCCAAAUCCACAGUACCAGCCCAAUCAACGCCUCAAAGGCUUCGGGACCGACACCGCAGACCGAGGCGGCACAAGCCCAGGACGUCUCCGAUAAACUUACUGGACCACCGCAAAACCAGGUCGGCGCGACCGCGACAUCUUCCAACGGCCAGCAGCAAUACCCGCCGGCACAGCCUGGGGCCGCCCCGUCUCUCCCUGUUCAGACAGCCUCUGCACAAGCAUAUUCCAUCCCGCGUCCAACUCCAACCAAGACGACAGAUGAUGUCAGCCAGCCUCCGCUGCCCCAACCAGGCGCCGUCCCCGUGCCCAUGGCAGCCAACAAGUCGUCGACGUUGCCUCCGCCUCCGAAGGCGGGCGAGGCCUACCAACCUCCAGCCCCGACGCCCGCAACUCAGGCCACCGUUCCUUACCCUCCUCAGAUGGCCAUCCCUCCUCCAACCAUGUCCGCCCAGCGAGGGUCUUCCACGUCCACCACCACUGCUAAUGGACCUCAGAUGACUGGACCACGACCCAUCCCGCUAGGAGGCGAUCCUGCAUCUAGCCUUGAACACCCUCCGGGAUAUCAGCAAGACGUUAGUGCGUCUGAAUUCAACAGCCAUCAGAGAGCUGCUCACCAUGCCGCUGUAGCAUCGGCGGCGGAGAGAGGCUCCCAAGCUCCGGCAGACGAGGGUGUAUGGGACACGGCAAAGAAGUGGGCAGCAGCAGCCGGUGGUUCUUUGGCCGCAGCCGAGCAGGAGGUCUGGCGGAGGAUCAACAAGGACUAG